AUGCCUAUGCUUCCCAUCCCCUCUCAGAAGUACUCUCCCUACACCCCCCUCCAUCUCCCCGACCGCCAAUGGCCUUCCAAGACCAUUACUCGACCCCCGAUCUGGCUCUCAACCGACCUGAGGGACGGAAACCAAGCCCUGGUAAACCCCAUGACUGUCGACCAGAAAUGGCGCUUCCUGAAGGAGAUAGUCAAGUGCGGGUUUAAGGAGGUCGAAGUCGCUUUCCCAGCUGCGAGCGACACGGACUUCGAGUUUGUUAGGCAGGUCGUCGAGGCCCAGCGGACGGGAGAGAUACCUGAGGAUGUGUGGAUCCAGGUGCUCACACCCGCCCGUGCAGACAUUAUCAAGCGAACAGUCGACUCCGUCGCAGGGGCGAAGCGUAGCAUUAUCCACAUGUACAACGCUACCUCUCCGUGUUUCCGCCAAGUCGUGUUCGGGAACACGAAGGAGCAGACGCUUGCCCUAGCUGUAGACCACACGAAGCUCGUUCGCCAGCUGACGGACGCCUGUACAGCCGAGCACGGCACCAAGUUCCGGUACGAAUACUCGCCUGAGACGUUCAACCAGACGGAGAUGGAGUUCGCGCUCGAGGUGUGCGAGGCGGUGAAGCGUGCCUGGGGACGGGCAGCAGAGGGAGAGGAAAGGAUCAUAUUCAACCUUCCUGCGACGGUGGAGAUCGCCACGCCGAACCAUUACGCAGACCAGAUCGAGUGGUUUUGCAGGAACAUCUCCGAGAGGGAGAAGGUCAUCAUCAGCCUGCAUCCGCAUAAUGAUCGGGGAACGGCGAUCGCCGCGGCGGAACUGGCGAUGAUGGCCGGUGCGGAUCGGGUAGAAGGCACGCUCCUAGGGAACGGCGAGCGCACGGGAAACGUCGACAUCGUCAUCCUAGCACUGAACCAGUACUCGCAGGGUGUUUGGCCUAACCUUGACCUCUCAGACAUGUACGGCCUUAUCGACGUCGUCAUGUCCUGUACUGAGCUGCCUGUGCACCCACGCCACCCCUAUGCCGGAGAACUGGUAUUCACCGCCUUCUCCGGGUCGCACCAAGAUGCAAUCAAGAAAGGGUUCGAGAAGCAAGCGGCGAGGCACGCCGCAGACCGGGCAGCGGGGCGCAAGGAGCUCUGGGAUAUGCCUUACCUGCCUAUCGAUCCACAGGACAUUGGCUGUUCGUACGAAGCCGUGAUCCGCGUCAAUUCCCAGAGCGGCAAGGGCGGUAUCGCCUACCUCGUCAAGCAAGCGCUCAAGCUUGACCUCCCACGCAAGAUGCAGAUGGCGUUUUACCAGGUCGUUCAAGACGUCGCGGACAAGUCGGGGAAGGAGAUGACAACGGAGGAUAUCGUCUCCAAUUUCUGCAGGACGUAUCAUUUUGGAGGGAUGCAGUACGAGGGUCGCCUGGCUCUACGCUCGUUCACGCUGGUCGAUAUCUCGCACAGUGUGUCGAGUCUCACGGGAAUAGGGAGCCACAACUAUACUGAGGAGGAUGUGGACCGACACAUCCGGAUCGAUGCCAAGCUGCGCGUUGACGGAGUGUUGAUGACCCUCUCUGGAGAAGGGAACGGGCCACUCUCAGCACUCCUCCACGCUCUGCGCGAUCAUCUCGGUAUCAAGCUCUCCAUCAGGGAGUACAUCGAGCACGCUAUCGGGGAAGGCACGUCUGUCCAAGCGGCAAGCUACGUCGAGCUCGUCCCCUCCGAGCGGGGCCCAGCCGACCGCAGCAGCAAGGGUUUCUGGGGCGUCGGCGUAGACUUCGACAUCACCUAUUCCGGCCUGCGCGCCGUCCUCUCCGCUGCGGACGUCACCAUUGGCACUCAAGAUCUCCCAAAGCUCAACGCUAAACGCUCGUUUAACAGCACCACAGGCGCCCAAGUCGCAGACGCUAUCAAGAGCACUCUUGAUCUUGAUAUCCCACCCCGUCUGCAGAUCGCCUUCUCCGAGCUGGUGCGCGCGAAGCUUGCGCAGAACCCGACACCCGAAGGGCUCGCAAAGGAGUUCAAGGAAGCGUAUCAGUAUGAGGUCGAGGGGGCAUUCACUCUCCUCACUUACGCCUACGGACAGGGCCCUAACAUGAGGCGCACCCUGACGGGUAAAGCGAAUAGCCCGAUAGGGGAGAUAUCCCUCAACGGGGAGGGGAACGGCCCGCUCAGCAGUCUCCUGAGCGCGAUCAACAUCUACCUCAGUGCAGAGCUGAGCGUGCGCCAGUAUUCUGAGCACUCGAUUGGCGAAGGUACGGACGUGCGGGCGGCGAGCUAUGUUGAGCUCGUUUGUCCGCCUGUGCCGGGGGAGAAAGAUCGUCCAAGUGGGUGGGGCGUCGCGGUCGACGAGGAUAUCACUGCGAGCAGCCUGAAGGCCGUUCUUAGCUGUAUUAACGGGAUGGUUGCUACGGGCAAGGUGGGUGUGAGAAACCCAAAAAACUAGCCGGGAGGCUGGGACUGGGAGUUGAAUGGAAUAUGUGAAAUCUUGUGUUGAAUGAAAACAAUGUGUUGG